UCUUAUCCACUUCUUCAAGUAGAUUCAAUUUCAACCAAAACAAAAUGUUCAAAUUCGCCGUUGUUAUCUUCGCCCUCAUUGCUUGUGCUGCUGCCAAACCCGGUUUUGUUGCUCCUUUGGCUUAUACUGCUCCCGCUGCUGUUGUAGCUGCUCCCGCUGGUGUUGUUACUGCCACCAGUAGCCAAUUUAUUGCCCGCAACCACAAUGGUAUUGUGUCCACCCCUGUUGUGGCUCCAGUAGCUACCCCUGUUGUUGCCAAGACUGUUGCCUACACCGCUCCUUUGGCUUACUCUGCUCCCGUUGUUGCUAAAUACGCCGCCGCUUACUCUCAUCCUUUGGCCUACUCAGCUCCUUUGACUUAUGCUGCUGCCCCAGCUCCAGUUUUGUUCUAAAAACUGUUUUUGCUGUGUUGUUGAUUUAAUUAG